CAUGCCCCAAACACACCCCCAUCAGUAAAUCACUUUUAUCCAGCCUGGUGUUUACUAGAAGCCUCCCCACUCCCCUAUCAUCCUUUUUUUGGUAUACUGCCAAUGACUUUAAGUGAGUAGCAUCUGGGUACGUCAGGGCGACAAGAUUUCUGUCUGUCAUGUCUUGGAGACGUGAGCUGUUUGAGAGGUGUGUGACAGGAUCUGACCCCAGGGCUACUCAUCUUCCAAAUCCUGCAUCACGGAUCUGUGAGGUGUCACUUCCUAAAAUAGCCUUACAGAGAGUAUAAAGAGCUCCACAGGGAGCACUGGCCUUCAGAAGAACAGCUCCACAGCUGAUAUCUACACAGGAGAGACAUUGGACAGCAAAGGAGAUUCACUGAGAGACGCUGCCUGAUCUUUCAGAACAAGGACUGAUUUUUAUAGAAAUCUACAAAGAUUUAAUCCUUUUUUUUUCUUUGCAAGAACCAAGGAAAAUCCACCUUAAACCAGUAUGAAGUACCUUCAGAGCCCUGUGUCCCAGACCAUUGGCUGCAACCAAGACUGUGGACUCCCACUAAGCUGCAAGAGCGCAGCUUCUAUGAAGCCAAUGCGCAACGUUCACUUUCCACAUGACAUCGUGUUCCAGGAUGUGCGACAUGGUGAGCUGGAGUGGAUUGGACGUUUUGUCAGAGCAAGGAGAGUCAGCCUGGACACCAUCUACCACUCUGGCAUGGGAGCCAUCCAUGAGGCUGUCCUCUCUGGGAACUUGGAGUGCGUGAAGCUGCUGGUCAAACUUGGAGCAGAUAUCCACCAGAGAGAUGAGGAGCUUUGGACUCCACUGCACAUGGCCUGCAGUGACGGCUUCCCAGAAAUUGCACGCUACCUCCUCUCGGUUGGUGCCGACCCUGAGCUGGAGAACGAGUGCGGAGAGAAGCCAGCUGACCUUAUUGAAUCAGACAACAAGGAGCUGCUGGAGCUCUUUGCACUGACUGUCAAUGGCUAAGAACAUGGAGCUUUUGGAGCCAAGAACUCUUCUGAAUCAUACUGCCCAGUCACCGCACUGUUCUGCAGAUAUGGGCUUCGAACAAGUGGAUCCAGCAAUCCUAGUUUGUGAGCUGCUUCAGCUCUGGAGGUCAAAGACUAAGGAUGUGAGAUGGAAGAGGGGAGCCCUCAGAGCGUGUAGGUUCCCCCCUGAAUGAAGUGGACGUUAGCAAGAAGAGUCCAUCCUCUGAUCACCAGUAGAACAGAUUUAAUGCAACCUGUUAGAGUUCCAGAACUUUUUAUACUGUAGUGAAAUGAAUGAGCCAAGUGUUGAUUUAUGCAGCAUGUUGCUGGGAUUAGGAAGGCUUCUGAAUGUUGUGAAACCUGAAACUGUUGUUGAUGCUCUCUGCUCAUUAGUGCCUGCUGUUGGCUAAAUUUAGCAGAGUCAGACAUCUUUGUGUUGUCUGUCUCAGAAGCUAAUGUGCUUGUGGUUUAUAAAUCAUUACUUCCUGUUUUUUAACCUUCUGUUAACUGAAGCUGAGUA